UCUGUGAUCAGAGAUGGCGGGCGCCUCCGACCCCCUGGAAGAUAUGCUCUUUUCAGAGGUGGAUGAAAAAGCUGUGAUCGACAUGGUGGGCUCAUUGGAGUCACAGCUUGCUGGCCAAAGCAACCCAGCAGGGAAAACAGACGAAAACGGAGCCGCUAGCUCAGUGGCCCCCGCUAACCAUCACUUAGGAAAAACGCUACCAGCUCCAGUGGGCACCACAACACUAGAACAACAACAACAAGGACGGCGUAAUAAACCUGAGAUGCGCCAGGAGAUCAACUCUAAGGACGGUAGCCCGGACAAGACUGUCACCUCUCCCUCCCCGGGCUGUACUCCUGCUUUUGGCGAGCCCUCCACCACUUCGGCUGCCGGUGUGAACGCCACCAGCAGCGGUUCGCAAUCACAUGGAGCAUCCAUCACAACACUGACUGCAUCUGGGGUGUCAACUUUGGCUUCUUCGCCAGCCAGCAUCAGCAUCAGCACCACAUCCAGCCGGGGGUGUAAGGUUACCCCGGGAUCAGGUGAGACGUCGGCGGAAACCAGCCCGCCGAGAAAACGCACAACCGCACCGCGGAGGAGCGCUUCGGCUCGGAUAAAGAGUUUGAACGGCGCUGCUGUAACGACGAGGAGGAACAGCAACACAGCGGGGGCUGAUAGCGUUAGCCCGGUGGAUACCAGUGCAACUACACCUAACUCUACCCGACCGGUGACAUCCUCCAUCAACACUUCGACUUUCACCUUAUCCAACGCUAACCUCCCGGUUGGUCAGUCGGCUAUCGCGCUCGACCGGGGGACCCCUACCAUCGCUUUGCACAGACUCCCGAGUCAUAUUGUCGCGAGCAUAGCCCAGAACGGCAGCGGGACCAGUGUGUCGGCCUUGGUCCAGCAGGGCUCUCGUAUGGGACCCAUCACCUCUUCAGCCCCACAGGGGAACCACAGCAAAACGGUCACAGACACUGGAGCGUCCAAAACAGACGAUUGUCAGUCCAAAAUUGUAAUGUCAAGCCAGUGUGGUAGUGUCAACUCUGUCAUAAACACUGUUCCCCCUGCGCCUUCUGUUGUCACACCACCACCACCAACAACAACAACAGCAGCAGCAGCAGCAGCGGCUACAACAACCACAACAGUAACCCAGCCUUUGAGCUCUGCCACUGCUGCUGCUUGUGUUACAGGGGUGGCGACGAGUUCUGCGUGUGGAACUGCUCAGACUACAUCAGUGACUACCACUCUUAGCAUGGUCAGGCCCACGGUCCCCUCUCCAACACCUGCUGUGGCCACCUCCGCACAGUCUCAACCCCGUCCUGGACUUACAGCACCUCAAAGGAUCGUAGCCCCCCAGCUGAUUGUCAGACCACCUCAACAGCAGACGACCAUUCAGCUGCCCCCUGGGUUUACCAUCCCACCGGGGAUGGUGUUGGUACGAACGGAGUUGGGCCAGCUAGUGAUGGUUCCUCAGCAGGCUUUGGCUCAAGCUCAGGCUCAAGCUCAAGCUCAGGCCCAGAACAACAUCUCUCCACGACCUGCCACCCCGACAACAGGAGCAUCAUUCAGAGUAACAACUCCACAGUCUCCUGUGACCUCUCAGACCACCAGGCAGUGUCCUCUGACCCCAGCUAAGAUGGUACCGUCUGCCUCUCCCACUCCUUCCAGUCCUGCCCUGCAGACUUCCUCCUCUUCCUCUUCUUCCUCCUCCUCCUCCUCCUCCUGUCCUGCACUCCGCCCAAAGGGCCCCGUGGCACCGGCCGUGGCUGUGACGGCUCCACAGCAGACCCCUGUGGUUGUGCCCCCCCAGGCCCCGGCCCAGGCUGCCUCCCAGCCAGUGCAGCCUCCACAGACGGGCAUCGCCGCGGCACCCGGAGCUCCUGUCGUGUCCCAGGAAAUGCAAGAGAAUGUCAAGAAAUGUAAGAAUUUCCUGGCCACGCUUAUCAAGCUGGCGUCUCACAAUUCUCCGUCCCCCGAGACUUCCAAGAACGUCAAGGCUCUGGUUCAGGACCUGCUGGAUGCCAAGAUUGAACCGGAGGAGUUCACCAGCCGGCUGCAGACUGAGCUUAAGUCGUCUCCGCAGCCUUACCUGGUGCCCUUUCUCAAGAAGAGCCUCCCGGCCCUGAGGCUGUCUUUGCUGAAUAGUCAGCAGUCCCUGACCCAGCCCCCGCAGCAGGGAGUCAAACCAGCACCCGGCGGCAACCCCCCUGCCAUCGUAGCUGGGCCAGCUGUCCACAUACGCCACCCUAACAGCGUCAGCAGUACUGCGGGUGCCAGUGCACCGCCCGCCGGGACAAUCGGACAUGCAGCUGGCAUGGGUAUGAAGACAGCAGGCACUGUCAGUGGCCAGGUCCGGAUGCCCAUGGUGAUCACACAGUCAGUCAGAGCACAAGGCACAAUGGGGAAGGGAGCCAUCAUCCAAGCAGGCAAAAGUCCCGUGGCUGUUCAGAUCUCUGGGAAUCAGAAAAACAAGCUCAAUGACCCAGGAGGAGGCUCUUUCAGGGAUGAUGAUGACAUCAAUGACGUGGCCUCCAUGGCCGGGGUGAACCUGAACGAGGAGAGCGCGAGAAUACUUGCCACCAACUCUGAACUAGUGGGAACGCAGAUCCGGUCAUGUAAAGAUGAGGCCUUUCUACACCCGGGACUGCUCCACCGACGAAUAUUGGAAACAGCUAAGAAGUUUGGAGUCACAGAGGUCCCUAUGGAGGCAGUGACAUUCAUCUCGCACGCCACACAGUCACGACUUCGUACUGUGGUAGAAAAGGUUUCUACUAUCGCACAGCACCGACUGGACUCCUGUAAGGAUGAUGAGUGCUAUGAGCAGAAUGCAGACGUUCGCUCUCAGCUUCGCUUCUUCGAGCAGCUGGAGAGAAUCGAGAAGCAGAGGAAGGACGAGCAGGAGAGAGAGAUCCUUUUGAAAGCCGCUAAAAGUCGCUCCAGGCAAGAGGACCCAGAGCAAGCUCGACUGAAACAGAAAGCUAAGGAGAUGCAACAACAGGAACUGGCCCAGAUGAGGCAGCGAGAUGCCAACCUUACAGCAUUAGCCGCUAUUGGACCCCGCAAAAAACGUAAAGUGGAUUCACCAGGGACCACACCAUCGGGGACAGAGGUUUCAGGCAGCACGGCGGGCUCACUGGCCAGCUCCUCCACCCCGUCCACCUCAUUACGCCAGUACACGCGGCAACGCAUCACUCGUGUCAACCUCAGGGACUUAAUUUUCUACAUGGAGCAGGAGAGAGAGACCACCCACUCCCUCCUCCUUUACCGUGCCCUGCUCAAGUAGCUUCUGCUCCGCUCAGCGCCCACCUCAACCUCCUCCUGCGCCUCCUCCUUCCCAGCCACGUGCCUUCAGAUCAGGUCUAAUGUUUCAGUUCUGUGUCUCCAUAUGUACUGUAGUGACGUUUGAUGUAGCUUUUAAUAAGAAGAGAGAGAGAGGGACAGAGAGAGAGAGAGAAAAACAAAAACGUACAAAAACAAAACUGUUGUUCCAUGUCUUCUCUGUUUAGAUUCACGGUGUGUUGUUAGAUCAUUCAGUUUAAAGGCCAUAUCAAAUUCUUUGCGUUGAACUUGUUAAGGGAACAAAGUGGUUUUUGUGUCGCAGGACUUGACCCAGAACUUGCUAUUUAUUUGACGUUGUUGGCAGUAGCUUCAAUGAAUCACCUCAAUGUAUGAAUUAUUUUGGCAAAGAGAAUUAUGUUCACACCUCGAUACAGCCUAGGAUAUUUUCCACGAGCUAUUUGUUGAACAUAGUUCAAUGAAUGUAGUUUAGCUGAACUCAAUAAAUGAGAGACUUUACUGAUUUCUAUACCGACAUCAUUUUGAAACAUUAAGAUUCCAAAUAACAGCAUCAUGUUCAAUUUCUUUACUGUGUGUGUAAAUAGUUCUUUUUGAAUUAUUUUACAGCAUGUAUAUUUUUAUCACAUGUAAGCUUUGUAAGAAAAGGAAUAACCCAUGUGUCAAUAUUAUGAAAUCUGAUGUUUUGUAAAACCAUGUGUUUUGAAUGAGUCAAAAUUAGACUGUUUAUUCUGUUCACCUGUAGAGUAUUUGUUAAAGGUUCCCAUGACCCCAAAGGUCAUUAAACAAAACCAUGGUUGUACUAUGACAGCAGUUUCUGAUUGGUCACCCUUGUUGAGUGAGUCAUUACUUGGUUUUACCCACAAAUAAUGUGAACAUUGUUUUUUGACUAGAUGUUUGUAAGUUGUCUACUAUCAUGCUCACCACUUCUUCCAAAACUUACUUGGUUGAGAAGGUAAGUUUGGUUCAGAGAGGCCAGUGAUGUGGGAGGGGUGGUGACUGGAGAGAGAAACCUUGGAUCAAAACAGACAUUCCUUUAUCUUUUCCUCUCACUGUCCUCUCUGCACACAUGAUGUUUGAAAAAAUUACAUUUAAAACUUUUAGCCCCCCCCCAUCUACUUUGGUGUUGACUGAAUGACAAAAGUAUUCCAUGAAGCGGUUUAGUGCACAACACUUAUACUUGUUUGUAUUUUGAUCCUAAAUGAAAUAUCACAGCUGUAAAGAAAUGUUUAACUGUAGAAGGAAACAGUUGAUUCCAGCCUAAAAUCAAUUUCUAUUUUUUGUUUCUGUCUUUGUAUUACUGAUUGAGAGAGUAAUGGGACAAAACGCCUGAUUUUUACAUGUCGUAUUGCAUUGUCGCCUUGUAAUUAUUUUAUUUUAUUUUUUACAAAUCCUUAUUGUGUUAUGUAAUAUUGUCCAUUAUGUUUUUUCUAUUUAACUAAAUAUCUUGGCCUCUAUGCAGCUUUUCUUGUCAUAUUGAAAUUUAUUUAAAUAUGGGUGACAAUUGUUGUGCAUUGUACAUUUUGACAGCACUUUUUUUUAUAUCUAUUUUACGUGACAACUGAAAGCUGUCACUGUAUUAUAGCAAAGAAAUGACUCUUUUAAGUAGUAAACAGUAUUGCCAACUUCUGUCAAGAGAGACUUAUUUUUAACAAUUAAUAUAUUUUAUUUUUUUCUUUUGUUUAUUUGUUUUGAUUGGCUUUUAUGCUUAACACAUUUUCAUAAAUUUUAUCUCCAAAAUACCAUGUUUUAAAAACAAGCACAACAAUAUCUAUUGUGAUGAUUUCAGAUGAUUUUAUUAGUGAUUUCUAUGGUUUUCUGGUUGUUUCACAGGAGGACAUUUCUACUACUACUACAGCUUUUUAGCCAAAAUAUUAGAACAAUAUAACUGAUGUAAACAGUGGAGGAAAUAACAUUUCAGUGUAAGGAUGAUUUGUAAAUAUUGUUUACAAAACUAUGUGUUUAUUAGAACCACGUUAUUUUUGGUAAACUCUUGUACAUAUCUUGAAAAUUUCCUGUUUGUGUGAAAAAACAAUACUUAUGUAUUUGUACCUAUUUUGUAAAGGAAUAAAUAAGCUGUUUACUAAACUGA